CUCUCUAUAAAUAUGGAAAUCCCGUAGCGUCUGUUCUUGCUUCAGCUUUAAUGGCCUGUGAGACUACGCUGAGUGUGUACGCCUACGGUUCCCAGUGACCGCAUGUAAAUCUUCAAUAUUUGCAUGCUUCACCAACUCCCCUCAGACAUUACCCAAAUAACAAUACUAUGAUUUUCUUUUCUCUAAAUGCAAAUGCAAAUGCAAUUCCAAUUCUAUUCUUAAUAACAACAAUAAAAGGACCCAACUUUCCCAGUUUCUCCACCCACUGAGCCCAACCCAGAUGGCCAAAGACUCUUAAUUUCUCAAUGGGUUGUCUUUUUCACUCUCUUUUAAUCAAUAUCUGAAAUGGGGUUUUUCUUUUCUGAUUCAUAGCAUAGACUCCUCUCUCUGAUUGUUCUUUCAUUUGUUGUUCUGUUCUUUUUUUCUUUUUUCUUUUGUGUUGUUCUGUCACUUGUUUGUUGUUGAGAUGGGCAAAGAGAUGUUGGAGAACGUGAAGGAUGAUGGGGGGCUCGAGGAGCUCGAGAUGUUGCUGAAUGAGAUCCCUCAGGCAACAUCACUCAAUCUUUACCAUGGGAAAUCGCAUCAUCAUCAUGAUGUUGUUGUUGUUCAUCGUGGUGAUGAUGAUCAUGAUCGCCAUCAUGAUUCUUUUGUUGUGUCUCAUGGAAUGUGUGAUGAUUUCACUCAGAUUCAGUAUCCAUCUGUUUCAUCCCCUGUGAGUGGCUUUUCUCUGCAAUCCGAUGGCUCUUCCUCAAGCUUGUUCUCUUCUUCUGGCCAUGCCUUGUCUGAUACUGGAUCACCAACCCCUCCUCCAUUGGAGGAUCUUAAAUCCACCACCAUGCCUUCUUCUUCUCACCCUAAUAACCGUUUCAUCACACCUGAUUCAACUACUCUUAUGAGGAAUGCCAAUGGAGGUUUUGUUGAUGAACUUGGAGGCCUGUGUGCCAAUUUGAGUCAAAUGUACAUCAGCAAUCAGCAGGAGAGCCCUUGUGAUUUCAAGGAUGCUUCAAUGGCCAUGCAUAGGCCUAGGCCUCCUCCAUUUCCUGAAUGUGUUUCCUUCACUGGAAAUGGUCCAAGCAAUAAUGUUCAAUAUCAUGGGGAUUCUUACAGUUUCAGGAGAGGUUCUUUUGAUUGUGUUGGUGGUGUUCAGUCCCCUCUUUCUUGGACUCCUGUAAAUCACGAUGCCGAGAUAAAUUCGGCGUUAAUGGCUAAAUUUUUUGGAUCAAGACAGUGUGCCAAAAUGUCUUAUGAGACAAUGCUUUCUCAAUUACAUGACUUUAGUAGUUCAAUGGAUCAUCAUCGUCAUUCAAGGCAGCUGCUGGUGGAUAACUACUAUCGUGGAGGAAGUGGAAAUCAGCCACCGGAGUGUACUGCUUCUCUGAGCAGAAACCCAAUGGUUGAUGCUUUACUUAAUGCACAGAGGAAUGGAAUGAAUGUAACUGAAGAAACAGGCAUGUCGAGAUCGCCUAGCUCUUCUUCCCGGGGUAUUAAUUUAAGACCUUAUUUGGGUGUUCAAGAUUUACUGCAGUAUAGCCAUUCCCUGCCUAAUUAUAGUGCAAGAGCUGUGCCUCUUUCAAAUGCUAGAAUCCUACAAGGAAAUAUAGAUGCUAUUGCAAGAGAGGAGAGCUUCAUCAUACAAGGUGAAGGUGUAAAUUAUGCUGCUAGCAUAGGUUUGGAUCGUUCUAUGUAUCAUAGUAAGGCUGUGGUGCGAGACACUGGCUUCGCCAGGCAUUUGAAGAGAUCAGAGUUAGACGUGCCAUACCAGGUUGUAGGAACUUAUGACAAUGAUAGGGGUGCUAGGAUAGGUUGCUCCUUUCCUUUGUUACCCAAGUAUAGUUCCCUAGCUGAAGCUCAAGGUUAUAUAUAUUUAAUGUCCAAAGAUCAGCAUGGCUGUAGGUUCUUGCAGAAAAUGUUUGAUGAGGGUACACCAGAAGAUGUUCAAGUGAUAUUUAAUGAGAUAAUUGAUCAUGUAGUGGAACUUAUGGUGAAUCCUUUUGGAAAUUACCUUAUGCAGAAGUUAUUGGAUGUAUGCAAUGAAGAACAGAGGAUGCAAAUCCUACUAAUAAUUACUGAAGAACCCGGGCAGCUUGUCAGAAUCUCUUUAAACACUCAUGGCACUCGUGUGGUACAGAAGCUAAUCGAGACUCUCAAAACCAGGCAGCAAAUUUCAUUAGCUGUUUCAGCUCUUGAACCAGGAUUCUUGGCUCUCAUCAAAGAUCUAAAUGGAAACCAUGUGGUUCAGCGUUGUUUGCUAUGUUUAAGCAAUGAAGAUAACAAGUUUAUAUUUGUUGCUGCUGCAAAGUAUUGUGUUGACAUCGCAACUCACCAACAUGGAUGUUGUGUUCUGCAAAGAUGCAUUGGCCAUUCAAAUGGGGAGUAUCGAGAAAAACUGAUUGCAGAAAUAUGUGCUAAUGCACUUCUCCUAGCUCAAGAUCAAUUCGGAAAUUAUGUUGUUCAAUUUAUCUUGGACUUAAAGAUUCCAUCUGCCACAGCAUGCAUAAGGUUGCAAUUUGAAGGCAACUAUGCGCACCUAUCAAGACAGAAGUUUGGUAGUCAUGUGGUUGAAAAAUGUCUUGCUGUAUUCAAUGAUGAGAAUCGAUCAAGAGUCAUUCUUGAACUGCUCUCCAUGCCUCACUUUGAACACUUGCUUCAAGAUCCACAUGCUAACUAUGUUGUUCAAUCAGCUCUUCGACAUUCUGAGGGCCGUCUGCACAAUUUACUAGUUGAAGCAAUUGAGUCCCACAAAGCCAUUUCUCGAAACAGCCCGUAUUCCAAGAAGAUUUUCUCGCAGAAGCUUUUGAAGAAAUGAUGUACAAUCUCCCCUUGUGCAAGAAGGGUUCUUGUUCUGUGUCAAAGAAAUCUUGUCUAGGUCUGCCACAACAACGUAUUAUAAAUGUUUUGGAUGGUUAUUUAACUGUAAGUUAAAUGAUGAUAACCAUACAAAUGAAUUAAAGUCUGUUUACAAGUGCUUGUCCAUCUGCUCAGCUAAUUAUGGAAAAAAUGGGAAGAGAAAAACAGAAGAGCAGAAAUUUUGCUCACAUUUUAGAUCUUUUGCAUGCACUAUUUCUUGUAUUUAAACUUAUUGGAUAAUCUUAUCAUGUUAGUUAUGCUAUUCUCACUGUGAGAAUGUACAGUGUAUAGAACUUUAAACUUUUGCUCUGAUUGUAUAAUAAUAUGAAGAACGUUCCCAGUAACCUUAUUUCUUUUCAUGGUUACAAAUUUAAAAUACAAACAUAUAUCCUCACUGUUACUGUUUAACCGGGGUACACGUUUAUGACGGCAUCAUUUGGUUUGAGCGCCUAUUGCAUUUUGUAUCGAUGGUUGGUGCUGUCAGUAGGUUUCCAGUGAGCUCAAGUCAUCAAGCUUCGCUCGGGUCCGACCAGCACUGUCGCCUCCUGAUUCUGGCCUUCUUUUGGCUACCAGACCUCCCAGGCAUCUCUCUCCCUCUCUUUCUGCUUUGUUCCUAACCUUACCUUUUAUCAAUUCACAUGUUUUCAUUGUUCUUUUAUGUUAGGGUUUUGAUUCUUAACUUGGCAUAUUAAUUGUAAUUUUGUUGCAGACAAGCAGUGUCAUACUGGACAUGCUCAAAGCUUUGUGCAUUUUGUUUUGUUGCUGGAGCGGUUUUUGGUUACUCGCGCAGGGGACGAGUUAAAUGUGGGCUUCCAAGAUGCUCAAAAAGCUUAGCUGAAACACACAUAAUUCAAUGAUUCUCAUUACAGGUAGUCAUUUGGUUGGAAUUAACCUUCAUAGAUGUAAAAGAAUAAUAUCAAUUUUGUGAAAUUCUUAAACGCUCCGAUAUUGUGCUUCAUACGGACUUUGGAAUGAGUUUCAAGGUCGCAGAUUCAAUUACUUAU